UUUGUUAGCAAUUAAUUUUAUUAUUUUAGAACAUUUUAACGACUGGAAAACAGCACGCAAUUCAAUUUUAUCAAACAUCUCACAACAUAAACAAAUCUAUACAUCCGGUGAUAAACCAAAAUUUUAUCGUGCCAAGACCUCCUAUUUAACGUUAAAAAAAGCAAAUGAAGGAUUGUCACCAAUUGAGUUGAUUAAAUCUAAAUUUAAUGGAACUAUUCGAUUAGUUGAUAAAAAUAAAGAAGAUAAAUUAAAUACUACAAGCAAAAAUGAUGAUAAAAAUUGAGGGAAAACUAAUUAGAUGAGAGAAGUUAUAGUUAAAGAAUUUUAGAGUGUUUCAAAAAAAAUUUUGACCUAAACCCCCAGCUUAAAAAAUUAAACAUUGACAGAACAUAUAGUCUAGUAAUUGUUAUUUAAAAAUAUAUUUUUAAUGUGUUAUUCCUAACAUUAGAAUAAAAAUUUUUAUAAAAUAAAAUAAAAAUUUAUUCGAUUAAUUAUCCUCUCUCAACAAUUGCCCUCUCUAAAAUUAUUACCCACAUGUAACCGAAAGUCAAAAAUAAUUGCCCAGAUAAUUUAUCGAAAAGGAACAGUAAUUUAAAAAAUAUAAAAUAAAGAAUUUUAAAACGUAUAUGAUUCUAAAUUAAAAAAAAUUUCUAUAAAAUAUGGUUAUCAAAGAAAUCCCAAUAUCCACUGUUGAAUUGAGGAGUCUCUGUAAAUAUUAAAUUUAAAAACUAAUAUUUAUGGAAAUUAAAGAACAACCUUCAUAUGUGUUUUUUUCAUUUAAAUUCCUUUCAGAAUCAUGCUCUUAAAAUAUUUUUUAAUUUAAAUUUUAAAUUAAAUAUAAUCAUUAAUUAUUUGUCUAAACUAUUAAUAUUUUGGAAACUCAAAUUAAAAUUCCUCAAUAAUCAAAUCUCAUUUUCUAUCCCUCCAAAAUCAAAUAAAUUCAAUUCUAAUUUGUAAACUUAGUUGUACUGGGUGGGAGAGCUGCCUAAAUUUGAAUUGAGCAAAUGCCUGAAAUUUGCCUAAAAUUUCAAGAUACACCCGUUUAGAUACUCCUAACUCCCACCUUCCUUCAACCCCCUCCCCCCACUCCCCCCCCUCCUCCGUUUAUUAAAUAAAAUUUGAAUGUAAUUUUCAUAACUUACAACCUGGAUUGCGAUAAUUUGUGAAAUUGUUGUUAGGCGAAGGUGGAGGUGUUUCUUCUUCCAACGGUGGAAUACCUUCCUCUUAAUUAAUUGUAUAUAAAAUUUUUUAGCUAACUUAUUCAAUUGUUUCAGAUAAUAAUUUUUCAAAUUAAAUUAUUUUUAUUAAAUAAAAAUAAACUUUUUGCUUGAAGAUAUUCUUCUUUAUUUAAAUAAUUAUAUUCAGGAGGUACUUCAAUUUCUUCAGCAGAAUUUCCCCUUUUAUUUUUAUCACCUCUUGCCUUUCUGGAUUUACUUCGACUUGUUUUUCCAUUUCGUUUGCUAGUCUCUCCUUUAUUUGGUGGCGUAUUGGGAGGUUCAGCUUUUUUAGAUUCAUCAUUAUUUUGAUUUGUUUCUUUAUUUGUUGUUGUUUCUUUAUUUGAAUCUUAUAAGUUGAGAAUAUUUUGGCGUAUAAAGAUAAACUAUGGUCCCACAUUAAAAUUCUUAUUUUUCAAAAGCGGUAUUGAAGUUCAAAAAUAUAUGAUAAUACAACCGACCCGAUCGGAAAUCUAAUAGAGCUUAGUAUCUGUGUUUGGACAAAACAUGCAAAUGCAUAUUUUGUAUGCGGCUAUGCCAUGAAAUAAGAAGCCCAAAAAUGAUGUUUUUACAUUAGUCUGAGCAUUUUAGGACCCGGUUCUUAAUGCAUAUCUUUUACAUAUUUCGGCCUUUUCGUGAAUAUUUGCAUAUCGCUGCAUAUUUUGAAAAAUAUUGCAUUUGGUGCAUUUUUGGGCUUUUUCUGUCUGCAUACGUUGCGCAUAUUAGACGAUUAUGCUCAACCCAAUUAAUAACAUUGAAAUAUAUUGUUCAUUUAAAUUAUUGUGGAAGAUAUUAUUUUUCCAUUACCUACCCAAUUUUUCUUUAUUAGCAAUAUUUUGAUUGAGUGUUUCAUCUACUUUGUUUUCUCCUCCAUUUGUACUAGUGCUAGCAUUUGUUUUUUCAGUUGCUCCAUUACCUUCAUUUGUG